GCAGAUGAUGCGAAGGGGCGGCCCGUCCUCUCCUCUGCUCCUCUGCUCCUCUGCGCCUCUCCUGCUCUACUCGGUUCGGCUCUGCUACGCAGUGACGGGGGCGUCGACCACGUUGGAGAGGAUGAAGGUUGAGAGUGGGAUUCAGUGCUGGGCCGCCCGCCCUGAGCUGCACAGAGGGGCAGCACCACUCCCCUCCACUCGAGCUGCUCGAGCGAGCUUGAUCGGACAGUGCACUCCUGCGAGCAAUCCGAGGCACGAAAGAUCGAGCCAUGACGGGAGGAGUGCUCUCGACGCCCAUGCUGCUGGGCAGGUGCAGCAGCAGCAGCCGAGGGAGUGGGUCGAGCUCGAGCGCGAGUGUGAGUGCGUCAGUGGAAUGCUCGAGCGGGAGGUGCAGGAGGACGAGGCGGUCGGUGCGAGGAGGAGGAGGAGGAGGAGGUGGAGAUGGAGGAGUGCGGGGGAGCUUAGUGCUAGAGAAUCCGUGGGCAUGCGCAUGGCAGGAUUGGAGAAGCGGGGCCAAAGUGCUGGCGCAGCUGGUGCCCAGAGCUGCAGCGGGAGGAGGGCGACAGCGGAGGCCGUUCGUGGUGCGGGAUGACUUGGGAGGGCAGUACGAGGACUCGUUCGACGAUGUGGACAAGCAUCUGCUCGAUUACUUCACAUUCAAAGCCGUGAGGACGGUGCUGGCGCAGCUGGCGGAGAUGAAUCCCCAUCAGUACGCCUGGUUCUACAACUACGUGGUGAAUGUCAAGCCGCAGGACAGCAAGGUGUUCCUGCAGAGGCUGGUCAAGGAGAAACAGGAGCUCGCCGAGCGCGUGAUGGUCACCCGAUUGCAUUUGUUUAAUAAGUGGGUCAAGAAGUAUAAUCAUGCUCAACUGCAUAAGGCCAUCUCGGACGAGAACCUGGCACUGCUCCGCGAGCGGUUGAUGCAGACUGUCAAAUUCUCCAACACUGAAAAUAAUGAUCUCACCGAUGAUUCAGAUUCCCCUUAGCCUGCCUGCCUGCCUGCCUCUCAAGGGGCGCCCUUCGUGACAUUUUGUACAUUAAUUCCAAUUGAUUCAUUUAUGGAGCAAUCUCCGAUACUCU